AUGGACGCAUACACCAAGACGCCUUGCCAGCGCGGUGUAAUUACGGCUAACAAACCUUGUAUAAUCAUGAUGACCACAAAGAAAUGGCCCCUAGUCCCCAGCGGUUGUACUAUUCCUGGCUACGGCAGCAGCUACGGUUCCGGUGCAACAAGGGGUGCGAAGAAUCUCUGGAAGAGACAGAGCUGCCACACCCAAAUGAAUAUAGCAACGUUUAACACCCGGACUCUGAGACUGCAAGCGAAAUUGGAAGAACUGGAAAAAGACUUGGAACAAGUGAAUUGGGACAUUCUAGGAUUAUCAGAAGUGAAACGGAAGGGAGAGGACAAACUGAAACUACAAUCCGGUAAUGUGUUGUUCUAUACAGGAGACAGUAACUCAGCAAUUGGAAGCGUGGGAUUUCUGAUACACAGAAGAAUUGUUGGACACGUCACAGAGAUGCGCAGCAUAUCACCACGUGUCGCCUACAUCGUCUUGUCUAUCAACAAGAGAUAUUCACUGAGAAUUGUACAAGGCUAUGCUCCAACAUCAGGACACUCGGAUGUAGAAAGUGAAUUAUUUUACGAAGACGUAGAUAAAGCCCUAUCACAAGGCCCGAGAACUCAGUUCAACAUUAUUAUGGGAGACUUUAAUGCGAGACUGGGAUGUAGAACAAUAGGAGAAGUUAGCGUAGGGCCAUUCGGCUAUGGAACGAGGAACAGACGUGGCCAAGCCUUUGCCAACUUCUUAGAAGAAAGACGACUCUACGCCAUGAAUACGUUUUUCGUGAAAAAUGCGAAGCGAAAAUGGACUUGGGCCAGUCCUGAUGGGAAGACAAAGAGCGAAUAUGACUAUAUCUGCACGGAUAAUAAACAGAUAGUCACGGACGUUACAGUAAUUAAAAAGCUGAAGAUGAGCGAUCACCGGCUUGUCAGAAGUACCAUCAGGAUUGAUACACGCUUAGAAAGAAAGAAGCUUCUAAGAAAUCCGCUGGCAAACCUUCACAUACCUCAGGGCGUGAAUAAAGAAUACAAGCAAAAACUAGCCCAAGGUCUGAAGAGACCUUUGAUAGACUGCUUUGAGCAGUCCUUAGAUGACAAAUACAAUUAUGAAUACUAUCUCCAACAUAGCUAG